ACAUGAAUGAUGUUGAAUUUACUCAAAGUCUAUUUCCAUCACAGCAAUAAAAUUUUUUAAUAGAUUUUCUCAUAAAUUAAGAGUUGAAUUAAAAAUAAGUGGAGUGCCACCAAGAACAAAGAAUUGCUUCCAUAAAUUGAAUUUUGUGAAACUUUCAUUUCUCUUUAUCAUCUUUACAUUUCUUCUCUUUCAAUCAUUCAGAAAUACUUUCACUCACAAACCUCUCUGAAACCACAUCCUUUGAUUCCUUCGGUUUGCGCCUUACUUGCCUUGUCACAAACCUCUCCGAAACUAGUUCCCCUGAUUUCUUCAGUUCGCACCCUGGUUGCCCUGUUGCUUUCUCUGUUUUACUUUCUUUAUUUCAGAAUUUUUUUGCCCUAUUUCUGGUUCUUUAAUUUUUUCUGUUUCAAUAUUUCUGAUUUCUUCAACCGAAAAAAAAAAAAAAACAUUUUUGCUUUCAGUUAUUUCUUGAUUACUAGAAAGAAUUAUCAUUUCUCGUAUUUAUUGUUAAAUAUUUUCAUUUGCUUUACUUCUCUUCUGUUUUUGAUUUCUUCGGUUUGCGCCUUACUUGCCCUGUUACUAUCUCUCUUUUACUUUCUUUAUUUCAGCUUUCUUUUUGCCCAAUUUCUGGUUUUUCUUUUUUUUUAAAAAGAAUAUCUGUUUCAAUAUUAUUUCUGAUUUCUUCCAAAAAUAAAAAAACCUUCUUGCAUUUGGUUAUUUCUCAAUUACCAGAAAAAAAUCCGUUUCUCUAAUUUAUUUUUAAUUUCGGUAGUUGCAUUUUAAUUAUUUUCAUUUUCUUUACUUCUGUUUUUCAAACCUGAAAAAAGUUUUAAAAAAUGGUUGAUUGUCCCUGUAUCGCGAGUGUGGUGAGUCCUGUCCUUCAAGUUGCCGAGUGGUUGGCUGCUCCAAUUUGGCGUCCAUUUAAGUACUUGUACAACUACACUACCAAUUUCAAAAAUCUGGAAACGGAAGUUGAUAAGUUGAAGCAUACAAGAGAAGAAGUUGAGCGUGAGAUUAUUGCUGCUGAAAGAAAUGUGGAAGUGAUCAACCAAAAUGUUAAGAAGUGGCAGGACAGUGCGCAGGAGAUGAUUGAUAAAGCAGAGCAGUUGAUUCAAGAGAAAGAACAGUUCAUUCGAGAGAAAGCAAACAACCCGCGUUGUUUCAAGGGAUUGUGCUCCAAUUUCAUCAUCCACUACAAACAAAGCAGGAAAGCUUUUAAAUUGAAGCGGGAUGAUAUUGAUCCACUCCUCCAGCAAGAGAGGGAAUUGAGUCCAAUUUCCUAUCAAACUAAUCCACCAGAGAUCUGGCUUAAAUCUAGUGAAAAUUAUUUGGCUUUUGAAUCAAGAGACACCACUGUGACGAAUGUACGGGGUGCUUUAAAUGAUGAGAAUGUGCACAUGAUUGGUGUUUAUGGGAUGGGUGGUCUUGGGAAGACCAUGCUUGCGCAGGAAAUUGGUAGGAAAGCCAACGAGGAAGGGCUCUUUGAGGACAUUGUUCUUGUUGAGGUGUCAGAAUCUCCUAAUAUACAGAAGAUUCAAACAGAAAUUGCUGACAACUUGGAUUUGAAAUUCGAAAACGAAAGUGGAAGGGCAAAGAAGCUAUAUUCAAGAAUGGAGGGCCAGAAAAUUCUUUUAAUUCUAGAUAAUAUUUGGGAACCUCUAGAAUUUGAAAAGAUUGGAAUUCCUUGCGGAGCUGACCGUGGGAGAAAUAAACUUCUAUUCACAACAAGAAAGUUAGAUGUGUUGGAGAGUAUGGGUUCUACAAAUAAUUUCGGGAUGGGUAUUUUAAAUGAAGAAGAAGCUUGGAACCUAUUCGAGAAGAUGGCAGGAGAUAUUAUUCAAAAACAUGGAUUGCAUUCUCUACAAAAAGAUGUAUGCAAGGAGUGCGGAGGAUUACCUCUUGUCAUUAGUGCAAUAGCUAAAGCAUUAAGAAACAAGAGUGAUCCAUCUGAUUGGAAGUAUGCAUUACAAGAAUUGAAAGGACUUUCAGAAGUAAAGUAUACAAGAUUCCUUGAAAAGGAGUACACAAAGAUCGCCUUGAGUUACAAAUAUUUAAGUGAUGAACUUAAGAAAAUGUUUUUAAUUUGUAGUCUAAUGGAAAAUAAUACUUCCAUUUCAGACUUGUUCAAACAUGUUGUGUGCCUGAAUAUACUUGGCGGAGUUAAUUUGACAAUGGAAGGUGCACGAAAAAGACUAGAUAAAUUGGUUCAUGACCUCAAAGAUGCUUGUUUGUUACUUGAUGGGUUCGAAAGCGGCCAAUUUGCUAUGCAUGAUGUUAUUCGUGAUGUUGCCAUAGUAUUUGCACAUGAGGAGUACCAUGUGUUUACAACAAGAAAUGAUGUUGAACGAGAUUGGAAGGAUAGAGCAAAACUCAAGAAAUGCACAAAGAUUUCUUUACCUGGUAAAAGUACUAAUAUUAGUCAACUUUGGCCUUAUGAUUUGGAUUGUCCAAAUGAUUUGGUUUGUCCAAAGGAUUUGGCUUGUCUAGAUCUUGACUAUUUCUAUAUGACUGAUAUGUGGAACUCUUCUUUUGAAAUGCCGAAGGGCUUUUUCACGGUGAUGCCAAAUCUUAGAGUAUUGAAUUUGGUUCGACUACAACAAUUGCCAUUGCCAUCAUCAAUUCAUCAAUUGACAAACCUUCAAACAUUGUGUUUAGAUGGUAGCAACAUUAAAUAUAUUGCUAUUAUUGGAAAGCUUAAGAAUCUAAAGGUCCUUAGCAUGCGACAUUCUUACAUUAAAGAGUUUUCCACGGAAAUGGAUCAAUUAACUUCACUAAGAUUGUUAGAUUUGAGCGAUUGCUAUCAUUUGAAAGUUAUUGCUCCAAAUGUGAUAUUAAAAUUAUUCAAUUUGGAAGAACUUUAUUUGAAGGGGUGCCCUAUUCAGUGGAAGAUUGAAGUACUUGAGGAAUUGAAGUGUUUGUCUAAACUCGCCAUUGUAGAAUUGGAUAUUCAAGAUGACAAGGUUUUGCCUGAAGCCUUAUUUUCUAGAGAGCUUGAAAGGUACAAAAUAUUAGUGGGAAAUUGGAGGUACCAAUAUCUACCAAUUGGUGAACACAAGUGUUUGAGGAUAUUGAAAUUGAUAUUCAAUCGUACCAUCUACUUGGAAGAAUUUUGCGGAAUCAAAAAUGUUGAACUCUUAUGCUUAGUCAAACGUUCAAAAGAUGAAGAUAAUGAGGAUAAGGAUGAAAGGAUGUGGAUGAUGAUGAGGAUGAUGAUGAGCAUGAGGAUGAGGAUGGACGAGGACGAGGGGGAGGGGGAGGGCGAGGGUGAAAGCACACCGAUUUUUAACAAAAAGGUUAUCUUUUCUGAUUUAAAGGUCUUGGUAUUGAAGAAUAUUAUUUCUAGAAAGAUUUGGGACAACCAACUUCCAUCAUCCUCCUUUCAAAAUUUGAAAGAAUUGAUAUUGUGGAGAUGUACAAGGAUAAAAUUUGUGUUUCCUUGUAGCAUAACCAAAGACCUCAAGCAACUCCAAUAUCUUGAGAUAAAGGCUUGUAUUGAUUUAGAGGAAAUUGUUGCUACAGAAGAAAUAACAGAAGCAGCUGCCAGUUUUGUUUUUCCUGAACUAACCUUUUUGAAGCUUGAAAAUCUACUGAAACUUGCAACUUUUUAUCCUGGAAUACAUACUUUGGAAUGCCCAAAGUUGAAAAGGUUGGAGAUGAAAAGUUGUAACAAAUUUAAGAUAUUCAAUUCAGAGCCAAGUUCUUUAUGCUUGGACUAUAAGGUUCAUUUUGGUGAUUUAAAGGUCUUAGAAUUGAAGAAUCUUCAUUUUGAAAAGAUUUGCGAUAGCCAACUUUCAACUUCUUCUUAUCAAAAUUUGACACACUUGACCUUAUUUGGAUGCGAUAAAAUAAAAUAUGUGUUUCCUUUAUCAAUAGCCAAAAACCUCCAACAACUCCAAUACCUUGAGUUAACGAGUUGUGAGGUUUUAGAGAGAAUUGUUGCUCCAGAAGAAGGAACAGAAGCAACUAUCAAUUUUUUCUUUCCACAAGUGAGCACAAUGAAGCUUCAAUAUCUACCAGAGUUUACAAAUUUAUAUCCUGGAAUACAUACUUCAGAAUGGCCAAAAUUGAAAGAGUUGGUGGUCAAAGAUUGUCCUAAAUUUAAGAUGUUCACUUCAGAGCUAAAUUCUCUAUGCUUGGACCAAAAGAUCGACCAUGAUUUGGAGGAAUUUAAUUUAAAGACUCAGAGCAUAGUGAUUAGUUGGAAUCGUGAAAAUAAAGCUCUGGAAAUCUCAAGUGAUGAGUCAGCAUAUAUUCCACUUCCAGUCCUUCAAAGAUUUCAAAGUCUGAAAGAGCUCCAACUAUAUGAAUGUGAAUACAAAGAAAUUAAGAGUGUAAUUGAUCUUCCGAAUCUUAAUGUUCUACAUGUACAGAAGUGUAGCAAAUUGGUGAGUCUAGUGCCAUCAUCAACUUCUUUGCAGAAUCUCGAAGUUCUCAUGGUAAGUGGUUGCAAUGAGUUAGUUAACUUAACAACACUUUCAACAACUAGAAGCUUGGUGCAGUUGAAAGAAUUGAACAUAUCAAAUUGUAGAAUGCUGACUGAAAUAUUAGAAGAUGAGGGAGAUGCAGCAACAUGUACAGAAAUUGUUUUUAACAAUUUGAAUAAGUUGUCACUUAACUUUUUAAAUAAAAAGUCUCACAAGUUUUUGCUCUGGGAAUUACUCCUUUAGUUUUCCAUCUUUAGAAGAGUUAAUUAUAGAAGAUUGCCCCAAUUUGGAGAUUUUUUGUCAAGGAAGCAUAUGCGCACCAAAGUUAGACAGAGUCAUUUACAAGUUUGAAAAUAAGAAUGUGAGAGGUGUAGAGAUCUGGGAUAAUGACUUGAAUACAACUGUACAACAAGAAUACAAAAAACAGAAGGAAUUGACAGGAUCGUCAGAGGAGAAGAAGGGGACUAGAACCUGAUGACAGGCAUGGAAGAUGAAGAAGAAAGCAGCAAUGGAUGUCCUCCGAGGAAGAAGCUCCGUCUCUCCAAAGAAUAAUCUCGUCUUCUUAAAGGAAGUUUCAGGCAAAACCAUACCCCGUUAUAACUUCACCCUUUCUCUCUUUUUUCUUUCUUUCUUUAACUCAAACUCAGUUUUGUCUCUGUUUUCUUUAGGGAUAAUAGGGGAAAAGUUUCCUUCAAUGGGCACCGAUUGAAUGAGUUUGUUCCCCAAAAAACGUUAGCUUAUAUAAGCCAAGAGGAUCUGCAUAUUACUGUGAUGACUGAGUGAAACACUUGAAUUUGCGGCCCAAUGUCUUCAUGUUGGAAACCAAGGAAAUAUGAUGAUGGAAGUCAGUAAAAGAGAGGAGACAGGCACUGUUCCAGAUCCAGAUGUAGAUACUUACAUGAAGACAUGGUUAGACUAUUUGGACCUUAUCCAAUUUGAUUUCAAGAUCAUCUUCGAAAAGGAUAAACUUGUGCUAUGUCAUUGGUUGCAGCCUCAAUGCUAGGGUGGUUGAAGUGGGAUUUUUGGGUUUCCCCUUUUUCAUAUGGAAAGAUAGGCGUUUCAGUAAAUAAAUUUUUUGCUCCUUAGUGGCAAAAGGCAAGAUCGAGCAAAGGCUGUUGAGAUUCUUGUCAAGGACCUUAAGGUUUUUGCAUCUUUCAACGGAGAUCUUUUCAAAGGGAUUACUCAGCUCCUUACUCUUGAUAACAUUAGACAAAAUGAGCAUCUUUCCAAGUGUGGAGACACAAAAUCGGCUUGUAAUAUUAUGCUUGUAGAACUCAAAAAGCUAAUUGAAGCAAACCCCCUGUUUCGUGACAAGCUUAUACAUUCCCAGUGUUCAAAAGUUCACGUCUGAGGACAUUACUAAACCAGAGGUGAUCAAGGAGUGAGUCGAAUGGAGGAUUCUCAAACGUAAACAAAGAUCGUCAGGAGGAGGAGAAGAGGACUGGAACCUGAUGAUGAGUAUGGAAGAUGAGGAAGAAAGCAGCAAUAGAUGUCCUCCGAGGAAGAAGUUCUGUCUCUCCAAAGAAUAAUCUCGUCUUCUCAAAGAAAGUUUCAGGCAAAACCAUACCCCGGGAAAAGUUUCCUUCGAUGGUCACCGGUUGGAUGAGUUUGUUCCCCAGAAAAUGUCAGCUUAUAUAAGCCAAGAAGAUCUGCAUAUUGCUGUGAUGACUGAGGGAAACACUUGAAUUUGCUGCCCAAUGUCUCGGUGUUGGAAACCGCAGAAGUAGGCUUCCCUAAAUUUAAUACAAUGAAGUUUUAAUCAGAGCCACCUUAUCAAUUCUCACGGGUAGUUGUAAGGUACAGAGCUAUUUUUUAUUUUUCUGCUUGUGCAGAUAUGAUGAUGGAAGUCAGUAAAAGAGAUGAGCCAGGCACUGUUCCGGAUCCAGAUGUAGAUACUUACACAAAGGGUGGUUGAGGUGGGAUUUUCGGGUUUCCCCUCUUUCAUAUGGAGAGAUAGGCCUUUCACUAAAUGAAUUUCUCGCUUCUCAGUGGCAAAAGCCAGAUAGUAGUUUUACCAAUGGUAGCAUUUGUGCUGCCUAGAAACACUACCAUUGGGUACUUGAAAGCCAUGGAUUAUUAAACUUUGAUGAAUCUUAUUUCUGGCUAGCAUUGGGCGCCUUGUUUGGCAUGGCUUUACUUUUCGACAUUGGCUUUAUCUUGACCUUAAGUUUGUUGAAGCCCCCCUGAUCAUCUUGUGUGAUGAUUUUGCAAGAAAAGUUGGGCAAGAUUCAAGGAGGUCAGGAUUCCGUUGAUGGUAAACUUAUGAAAGAAAAGUCUAGAAAUACUCCCACAAAGGAGAAGAAGAAAUUCCCAACUGCUUUGUGAUAUUCUGUUGGAUUAAGGCUUGAUGUGCUUACAGCCUUGAUGGGUGUUAGUGAAGCUGGAAAAUCCACUCUUCUAUGUUUUGGCCAUACGAUGUUGUAUUGAUAACAGACUUGUUCUUCUUGCUUUAAUCUCUCAUGAAUCAAUCAGUAAGGGUUUGUUAGUACUGAAAGCUCUGUGCUCAUUCUCCUAGAAAACUGAACUGAGGUCUCCAAUCAUGCACGUGUACAAGAGGAAAAGCAAAGGAAUUAAACAAAGGAAGAUCUCAGGCACAUCAUCAGGAGAAAACAACAAACAAUGAGGAAGCAAUUCAGAAGACAACAAAGAGGCAAAAUCAGGGCAGAUAAUGGCAGUUGAAAUCAAGGCACAAAUAAAAUAAACUGAAAUCAAGGCCGGACAACCAGACCAAGAUUGAGAGAACAAAGCCAAAACAGACUAUAAAAAGAGAAGAUCAGAUGAAGAAGAGGCAAGCAAGAAUUCAAUAAUUCUUUAAGGGGGUUUUACAGCCAAAAAAGAGAGGGGGCUGGCACCUCUACUGCAAGUAUAUUUCUAGUUCUUAUUACUAUUUUCUGUAAGAGAAUAGACACUUGUAGUGUGAAGCUUCAUCAAAAAAAUUCUGUGCAUGUGUAUUUACACAUUCUGUGGUUCUCUAUCUGUAAUUUUCGAUCAAAGUGGUAUCAGCCCACACUGGGGGCUGGGUUAUGGUGAACACCCCAUAUGGAUUCUAGGCUGGAUCAAGUGGUGACAGAUUAGUUGGAGGUUGAAAUUCGAUCUCUAGUAGAGGGACUUAGUGAGAUGAAAGACCUGUUAAUAAUAAUCUUUCAGAGCAACCAACAACAACAUAGAGACAAAAUUUAGAUGGUAACAGUUAACAAUCCAAGGAGAAAUCGGAGAACCAAGCAAUGGGAGAACAAGGGCAAAGGAUGCUGAUGUAAGGCAGAAUCAUCAGAAAGAGGGGAAUUAAGGUUGAUGAUAGAUGAAAAUUUGUUGUUGUGAAAUGUGUGGAUAUUUGAACAAUAGAUUCUGUGGAUAUUUGAACAAUAGAUUCAACGUCUAGAAUUGCCUCCUUUUUUGGUGAAGUUUCCCGUCAGGUGGAUUUUUUGGGCAGAAUGAUGAUUCGUUGUGAAUUGAAUGAGAGAAAGGGAGAAGGUGCCAGCAAUCACAAUCUGCAUGAAUGAUUGGCCUUGUUUUGGUUACAGUGGAUGGAAUCCUGGAAUCUCAUGACAAAAUUCAUGAUCGGGCAUAAUCAUUCAACUUCGAGAGAGUGAACGGGUCCAUGGUAGGAUACUGGUAUAGACCAGUUUUUUUCUUGUUUGCACAUUUUUUCUGCAGCAAUAAUUCUUGUGAUACAGUGAGACUAAUAAUUGAGUUUCUAUAGUUAUUGAAAAGGGCAAUUAAUGUAGGGAAAAUAAGCUCACAGAUGCAAGUU